AUGUGGUCAUUUAUUCAGGAAAAUAAUAUUAUUGCAACAUUUCCUAAUUUAAAUGUAAUUCUGAGAAUUUAUUUAAACCUUCCGGUAAGCAAUGCAAGUGGUGAAAGAUCAUUUUCAGUAAUGGGUAGAAUAAAGAAUUUUUUAAGAUCCACGUUGGGCCAACAAAAAUUAAAUAGCUUAUCAUUACUUUAUAUAGAAAAAGAGUUGUUAAAUAGUUCUAUUAACUAUGACAAACUAAUUGACGAGUUUGCAGAACUGAAAGUGAGAAAAAAGGCAAUUAUAUAG